AUGGAUCUCUCGUCGGAGGAUGAGUUGAACGGGAAGUCGCCAGAAGAAGAGCUUGGCCGUCAGAGGAAUUACACGCUGUCGGGGAAGGAAGUCAAGAGGAAGAAGAAGAAGCACUGCGGCGGAAUCCUCUGCUCGCCGCCGAUAGGUGAGAUGAAGAGGAAUGGUGGCGGCGCGUCCACUCCCUUAGUGACGACAACCGACAAGGAAUCACCGGAGAACGAUAAGGAGAAGACGGAGCGGAUGGAGAGCGAAGAGAGGGAGCAGAAGACGGCGGCGACUUCGGGCUACCCGCCAUGA